AUGAUGAAGACGGAGCCGCGGGGGCCCGGGGGUCCCCUCCGGAGCGCUUCCCCGCACCGCAGCGCCUACGAGGCGGGCAUCCAGGCUCUGAAGCCGCCCGACGCGCCCGGGCCAGACGAGGCACCCAAGGCGGCCCACCACAAGAAAUAUGGCUCCAACGUCCACCGCAUCAAAAGUAUGUUCCUGCAGAUGGGCACGACGGCGGGCGCGCCGGGCGAGGCGGGCGCCGGCCUGCAGGACCGGAAGCUGGACGUCGUGGUGCGCUUCAACGGCAGCACCGAGGCGCUGGACAAGCUGGACGCCGACGCCGUGUCGCCGACGGUCAGUCAGCUCAGCGCCGUCUUUGAGAAGGCCGACUCGAGGACCGGCCUCCACCGCGCGCCGGGGCUGCCCAGGGCCGCGGCCGCCGGGGCGCCCCAGGUCAACUCGAAGCUGGUCAGCAAGCGGUCCCGGGUGUUUCAGCCGCCCCCGCCGCCGCCCGCCCCGUCGGGGGAUGCCCCAGCCGAGAAGGAGCGCGGCCCCGGAGGGCAGCAGCCCCCGCAGCACCGAGUGGCCCCCGCGCGGCCGCCCCCCAAGCCUCGGGAGGUGCGCAAGAUAAAGCCGGUGGAGGUGGAGGAGAGCGGGGAGUCGGAGGCCGAGGCGGCGCCCGCGGAGGUGAUCCAGGCGGAGGUGACGGUCCACGCGGCCCUGGAGAAUGGCAGCGCCUUGGCAACCACCGCCAGCCCCGCGCCCGAGGAGCAGAAGGCCCAGGCGGCCCCCGAGGAGGAGGCGGCGGCCGUGGCGGCGCCUGAGAGAAGGGUGGGCAAUGGCCGGGCCCCGGACGUGGCCCCCGAGGAGGUGGACGAGUCCAAGAAGGAGGAUUUCUCGGAGGCGGACUUGGUGGACGUGAGCGCCUACAGUGGGCUGGGGGAGGACUCUGGGGGCAGUGCCCUGGAGGAGGACGACGAAGAAGACGAGGAGGAGGGUGAGCCCCCCUACGAGCCCGAGUCGGGGUGCGUGGAGAUCCCGGGGCUUUCGGAAGAAGAGGACCCGGCCCCGAGCCGGAAGAUCCAUUUCAGCACGGCCCCCAUCCAAGUGUUUAGCACCUACUCCAACGAGGACUAUGAUCGCCGCAACGAGGACGUGGAUCCCAUGGCAGCCUCUGCUGAGUACGAGCUGGAGAAGCGGGUGGAGAGGUUGGAGCUGUUCCCUGUGGAGCUGGAGAAGGAUUCCGAGGGCCUGGGCAUCAGCAUCAUUGGCAUGGGGGCCGGGGCAGACAUGGGCCUGGAGAAGCUGGGCAUCUUUGUUAAGACUGUGACUGAAGGCGGUGCAGCCCAUCGGGACGGCAGGAUCCAGGUGAAUGAUCUCCUGGUGGAAGUGGAUGGCACAAGUCUGGUGGGAGUGACCCAGAGCUUUGCAGCCUCCGUGCUCCGGAACACCAAGGGCCGUGUGCGAUUUAUGAUUGGCCGGGAGCGGCCGGGUGAGCAGAGUGAGGUGGCCCAGCUAAUUCAGCAGACCCUGGAACAGGAGCGAUGGCAGCGGGAGAUGAUGGAGCAGAGAUACGCCCAGUACGGGGAGGAUGACGAGGAGACAGGAGAAUACGCCACUGACGAGGAUGAGGAGCUGAGCCCCACGUUUCCAGGUGGCGAGAUGGCCAUCGAGGUGUUCGAGCUAGCAGAGAACGAGGAUGCCUUGUCCCCUGUGGACAUGGAGCCUGAGAAGCUGGUGCACAAGUUCAAGGAGCUCCAGAUCAAGCAUGCCGUGACCGAGGCGGAGAUCCAGCAGCUGAAAAGAAAGCUGCAGAGCCUGGAGCAGGAGAAGGGGAGGUGGCGGCUGGAGAAGGCCCAGCUGGAGCAGAGCGUGGAGGAGAACAAGGAGCGCAUGGAGAAACUGGAGGGCUACUGGGGCGAGGCCCAGAGCUUGUGCCAGGCUGUGGACGAGCACCUGCGGGAGACCCAGGCCCAGUACCAGGCGCUGGAGCGCAAGUACAGCAAGGCCAAGCGCCUCAUCAAGGACUACCAGCAGAAGGAGAUUGAGUUCCUGAAAAAGGAGACGGCACAGCGCCGGGUUCUAGAGGAGUCAGAGCUGGCGAGGAAGGAAGAGAUGGACAAGCUCCUGGACAAGAUCUCGGAACUGGAAGGAAACCUGCAAACACUGAGGAAUUCCAAUUCUACUUAACAGGAAUCAUUCCUUGACCGGACAAUGACGAAUCCCCUCCCAUCGUCCUCCCCCCUCCCCUGUCCUCAAUACUUUGCCCCGCCCCCUACCAGCCUGGGGACAGGUGCCCCGACUCCCCCACCCCUCCACCCCACCUCCCCCAGCUUCAGGGACCAGAGGGCCCAUAUUACAGGCCCCCUUAAGGUGGCCCCGGGCAGACAGGUGGCUGGAAGGAUGGCCUCCUUCUAGCCUUUGGGGCUGAGGCACAGAGGCCAUGGGAUGCCAAGGGCUGGCCUGGGUGGUGGAUGGACACGAGGACCUGCAGACCAAACUGCCAGACUUUACAACCUCCAGCCUUUGUCUCUGGACUGGAAAGGGGCUGGGGGCUCUCCCAGCAUCUCACCACCUGGAGGCUGCUCCCUGCUCACGGGGCCCCGAGGUGGCCCCUGGGCCUCUUGACUUGAGAGUCUACCUUCUUCAGCCUUCCCCGCUCCCCGUCUUUGUGCUGUUCUGUUGCAUUCUGACCCUCCUGCUGGGAGGGGGUUGCCGCUACACCUCUCCUCCCAUCCCUGUCUGCCCUCGCAGGAUGGGUAGAGUCUACCCAGAGCCUGGAGGCUGGGCCUGGCCCUGCACUGAUUUCUCAUGUAUCCUUCGUGAAAAGGGAGAGUCCAGGACACCUGAUGUCCAGCUCCCCCUUGGGGCAGCAGCCCUCGAUUUCUCCUUGUGCCUCCCCUCCCCCAGGUGCCAAAUAGCCAUAACCUCUCCCUGGAACUGUUCUGCGGCCUCUUUGGGGACCAGGAUUCCUGGCUGACCCUGGGAGUGAGCGGGAGGAGAGGAGGUCAGCUUAGGGGGCCUGGUUUUAGGCAAGGGGAACAUUUGUCACUGGAGAGCCAGGCCCUGUCCUGCCCUACGCAGGGCCACACCUGGAAGCCUUGUACUAACAUUGCAGAGAUUCAGCCUCACCCCACCCACACCCACAGUUUUCCAAUGUUUUGACUGGAGGGCAAAAUUUUACUACUUUUCAUCUUUUUGGAGACCAGGGCUGCCCUGCUGGCAGCCUGCUUUCUAAGUGAAAUCGACUCCGUUUCCCCACUUUAACCCCAAAUUGGGGCUUGGACCAAGGGAGGUGAGACCCCCACCCCAGGUCCCCUCCCCUUUCGGAUUACAUCUCUCAUUUUGCCUCUUCCUCAUGCCCCUGCCUCUGCCUGGGUUUUUGUUCUUUUUUUAAAAGACAACAACACUUGUUCCAUCAAUUUUGGCUUUUCCUCGUCCCCUGUAAAUAGACCGUGCCAUCGAUCAGUAUUUCUCAGCACCCACUUCCUGCCCCCAGAUGUGCGCCUACCCCCGAAGGAGCUGGCUGUGUCAGUGCCUGGGCCCAUGCACUUCACCUCCUCGGCCUCAGCAGAUGGAGGGGGCGGGGCUGGCUGGGCGGGGCCGUGGGGGGGUGCUUCUGGUUUCUCCGGCCAGGCCACCUCUGUCCCGCCUUCCACAGGACUGCGUCUCUGUAUAUAAUAUAUAUAUGUAUGUAUUGUUCCCGGUUUUGUACGGACCAUGCCCUCUGUCAGGUCGUCCCCAUAAAAGCAGCCCCCAGAGC